GCCGCGGCCACUGCCGGGUUUUGGUUUCCGCCGGGGCAGUGAUCGUGUGCGCAGAGAUGUGGCUGCUGGCUUCACUCCUGUGCCUUACGCCCCUGCAAGCACACAUCGACUGUAUGUAUGUAGUUGGCAUCAUGGGAGAAAAUUUUACUUUUCCAGUACAAAUAGACCAAAAAAUAGUGGAACCUGUGUGGAAGAAAAACAAGGAUAUAGUGGCUGAAUGGGAAGAGCAAAACAAACCGACAUAUUUUGAUCCUCUCCGUAACAGGAGUGUACUUAUGGAGAAUGGAUCCUUAACUAUAUUUAACUUGGAGAAGGAUGAUGCUGGCAUGUAUAUGUUACAGUACUGGGAUUCUGUGAAAGAUCACUACUUAGACUUUCAACUUGAUGUGUUAGAUUCCUUUCCAGAACCUAAUAUAAAUUGCAGCACCAGUGAUGAUGAACUUAUAUUAAACUGUACAGCACAUUUCCAGGGGUCUCUGAGUUAUGCUUGGAAGCUCAGUAACAAGCCACACAGUUACCAGAACCAGGAGCUUUCCAUCCCUUUGAAGCAUGUUGGUACUACCACUAAAGCUACAUGUAUCAUUAAAUUUUCACAAACGGAAAGGAGUUCUGAAAUCUCUUUGAUUCAGUGCCUUCCAGAAGAAAAAGGAGACAGAAACAGGGGUGCUCUUAUUGGAGCUUUUGUCCUUACUGCAGUUAUCCUAGUAGGAAUCCUAGUAUCCCUGUGCAGGAAAGGUAUAAAUAAACUGGGAACAGGAAGAAGGACUGCUCACGAUAACAGUCCAGUGAAUGGCUCAAGAGAACAUGAGAAACUUUUCUCUGGGAACAGCCAACAACAGCCUAACUCAGAGGGAGCCGCAUUUUCACACGCUCUUCAUGAUGAGGAUGAAGAGCCUGAAGAAGACACAGCAUUGAAUGAGGAUGACAGUGCCCUGAAAGACAAGCAGAUAGUUAAGAAUGCUGUAAAUCAGGAAGUAACUGCAAGCUGGUGGAAGCAAUAGGACUACUAAUAGGCUUGUUCGUGGACAGAUUCCCAACUGUAUGAUUCCCCAUUCUGUGUUGGAUAGCAUGAAUUGGUACAAGUGAUGACAGAGAUGUUUGGGAGAUCCCUUGAUGUCUGGGAGAAGGCUGGCCUAGUGAUUAUCUCCUUGGAGAAGUUUGGUAUCCCUCCUUGUAGCCCUCAUAGCACAUUUCAAGGCAUUCAUGACCCACAUUCAAGAAGGGUUGGACUGGCAUAAUACAAGUGACAUUCUAGUACUCAUGGGUGCAAGUGAAUGAAAGGCCCGGUGGAAAUCUCUCUUAGGAUGUUUCCUUCAGGUUUGUGAAGACUUCAGAAAAUCCAGUCCUGGUGAAUACGAAUAAAAGUAUAGAAAGCCUGUAGAUUUCAUAAUGUGCUGUAAUGUGCGCCAGUGCUUUGGGGUCUGCUACCCAAUACCUGACUUCAGCAUUUGAAGACUAACUGUUGAAGGGAAAACUUGAAUAGUCUGGAGAAAUAAAUGAAAAUGGAGGUCUACACUUCAAGAAGCCUUAAUUUGCAAAUCUGGCAGAAAUUAUGUUUAAAGAAGGAAUCCAGAAGCAUUGUUUUAUAUGUUAGGUACUCUAUUAAUGAAGUGUCCCUUGUGAAUACCAAAACCAUGACACUCAGCUAUUAGAGAGAAGAGAAAAAUACUCCUGAGUGUAGCUUUGUCUCAAGCAAAUGGGUAUCAACUGCAUGCCCGGAUAUUUUUUUCUGUCUCUUACCCUUCAGUAUUGAUUUAUAUAAAUUUGCAGAAGUUUGGUCAGAAAGGAGGUCUGAAAAAAAGAUAAUAAAUAAUUAUUUCACUUUCAUCAAGAUGAAAAUCACCUAAAUUCCAAUCAUUUAUAGUACUGUUUUCGUUAUUGUACACCAGACAGACACCUGUCUAGAUGAUAUUUUGCUUCAACAAUGGUGUAAUUGAUGUAAUGUGAUGGAAAAUAUUGCACGGGAGAGUACCUCAUCUACUGCAUUGGCUGAAGUUUUCAGCAAGUUAAUAAUUCUUCAGUUUUGGACCAAAGUAUGAAAAUUCUGUUUUAUCAAAAACAGUAAGCAUCUU